AGCGAAAUUUGGUGGUGUUUUGGUAUAGCAGAUGCACUAUGGUGUCUUGACAUCACACAUUUUUUGUUUCAAGCAUUUUCUGAUUUGAAGUACUUAACCACAACUCGACGAUGGAUCCAAAGAUUAUAAAGAAGACCCAGGAUUCCCUGGGCAAAAUUAUUAAGAAGCCACCCUUGACAGAAAAGUUAUUGAGUAAACCACCGUUUCGUUUUCUUCAUGAUGUUGUCACAUCUGUUUUAAAGACAACUGGCUUCAUGGAAGGACUCUUCACAGAAUCUGAGUUGAACUCUGAAAAUGUCAAGGAGAAAGACUCAAAGAUGGCUUUCUUGCAAAAGGCAAUUGACAUGGUUUCUGCGGUGACGGGCAAACCUCUGGCUGUGAAGACAGCCAAGAUCGUGGCUGGGCAUGAGCCGGAGAGAACCAACGAGUUGCUUCAGGGUCUGGCCGAUGCUGUUAACAAAAAUGUUGACAAUGAGGAGUACGUCAAAAAAGUUUUGAAAGGAAGCGGUGGCGGAGGAGGUUCAGCGAAGGAGGAGAGGAAAGAGAAGGACAGAACGAAGAGUGCAGACAGACGGAAGGGGAGGGACAACGAGGAGGAGAAAAAGGACGGAGAGAGGGAAAGAAGCCGGGAGAAGGGAGACAGGGACCGGAAGCACGACAAAGACCGAGAGGAGAAGGGCCGCAAGCACGAGAAGGACCGCGACCACAAGCCGGAGAGGGACCGGGAGAAGGGCAAGGAGGACCGACACAAGGACCGGGAGCGAGAGUCCAAGACCAGGGAGAAGUCGCGGGACGGUCGGGACGAGAGACAUCGAGACAAGUCCAGAAAGGGAGCAGCAGCGUCUUCAGGUCAGGUGUCUGGGAGUGACGCCAAAAACUCUGCUGUGAGCAAACUUUCCGCUACGUCCACCCCGCCCCACAGCGGACUCUCCGCAAGAGAGAAAACGAAAAUGUCGGGCCGAUCGUCUUUAGACAAGCACAGCCUGAAGUCAACGGACGGCGCUGGUAAAAAAAAUUCCCUGUCUUCACUUCGAAAUGGAAAGUCUCAUCACGAUAGAAAUGAAAGAGGCUCUGAAGAGGGGAGAACUAACGGCAGGGGUGUCGCAAAACUACCACGUCAGCUGGUAAAGGAGGAAGCGGUCAGCGGUAAAAGACUUACUAAAAAGGACGGUGACAGAACUUUAGCCGAUGCUGCUGGCGCUGAAAGUGAUGUGAGCGGUUGCCCCGGAGGAGGGGCCAGAGGAGGAGGAGGAGAAGUGUCGUCAUCGAGCCGAGAGACGGCGGGGAUGAUGGCCAGUACCGUGCGUCGUCGGGCCCCGUGUGGAGACAUGCGGAGCCCCAAGUCGUCGUUGUGUCCGGCCAGCGGCGAGGCGAGCGGGGGCUGGCGGGAGAUGUUUGUCAACCCUCAGGGCGACGGGAGCGGGCUCGCCUCCACGCGGGCUGAUGUGGGGCGCGGGGAUCACGUCGAUAGAGACCAGAGCAAGGAAAAGGAAAACGAAUCUCCAGCGCGUGUGAAUGGAGAGAAGGAAGAGAAGCAUGAGCCCCCGUCGAGGCUGCAGAGGCCGGCGUCAGCCAAAGGUUCGCGCAGACGCAGAGAAGCUCAGAACCAUGCAGCACUCGGGAAUGAAGAUGGGGAGGAUGAAGAGAGAGCCCAGGAAGAAGACGAAGAGUUCCAGAAGCCGGUGGUUCCGAGCCACGAGCCUGUGAUGGGAGAGGGGGACCUGCCCCCGCAGGUGGCUGCAGCCCGUCAGUUGGCCCGGCCGUCCAGCGCCCGCCCCGCCCCGCCCCGCCCCAAACAGGAAGCCAGUGAGUCGGAGCCCGCCAUGAGACUGGGCACGGGUCAGCCGGCGAACCUGAUCGUGGACGACAACGACGACGAUGACGAAGAUCUCAACUUCCUGGUGGAGGAGUCAGCCCCGCCCCCGCCUGAGCCAGACAUGACACCUUCCAAGCCAGCGGAGGAGGACGACGCUGAACACGGUGCUCUGGUGAAGAAGAUGCUGGAGUCGAAGAAAGAACUGGAGGGAGGCAGCCUCAACCAGACGGGACAGCCCAAGAAGACGGAAAUUGAGCGGCCGGUCAUGUCAGACGCCCAGCGGCGCAAACAGCGCGAGAUGGUGCAGAAGGAAGUGGAGAAACUGAGGGGUAGCAUCCAGGGCCUCACUCGUAGUGCCAACCCCCUGGGCAAGGUGAUGGACUAUGUACAAGAGGACCUGGACUCGAUGCAGCAAGAACUGGACAAGUGGAAGUCAGAGAACGCUCAACACGCUCUCGACCUCAAGAGAGAGAUGAG